AGAGGGAAGGAGAACAGAAAAUACAACAAGUGACUGAACUGUUGCUCCGCAAAUAAAGUGUCUGUGCGCCGCGUUUCAGCUUACCGAACGAUCAGAACUCCACGGAUUUAUGUGCAUGUUUUACUCUCGCGAUGAUUAAUAAACAGACCUAAUUGAUGUUUAUUUACAUAUCGGCGAUUUCUCGGCUUUUGUUUUUUCUGCUCGGAGAGGUCUGACCAGCACGAAGGAGUCCUGGACCUGCUGUGGGAAGUUUCAUGCGGCCGGUCAAACUGAUUCUGAUUCAGUCGGUCUGAAUUUGGACCGAAACGCAACUUCUCCCGGUGCGCACGUGAAGGCGCGUCAGCGCGUGGACCAGCUGCGGCGGUUUCCUCCGAGCCCGAACGACACGGAAAGAGUGGCAGAUAAAAAAGAAAUAAUCCUAAAAAAGUCCUGAGGAGUAAAGUGCCCUUCCUUGUAUGUGGUGGGUGAGAUGAACCCCAGCGGGAAUACUGUAGACCCCACCUGACAAGUCUCUGCCUGAGCAGCUAACGGAUAUUCACUGGAGCUUCUACAACCGCCGAGCUGGAUCAGAAAGAGAAAACCAACAUUUUCAAAGAUAUUUUUCCACCCAAAUACCUGUCAAAUUUGUCUAGUUAGAUAUUUUUUCUUUAGCUUAGGUUCAAGUUGUCAGACUCUCAGCUGGAAGAGAGUGAGGAGCAAAACGGAUGCACACAUCUGUUGAGCGCCAAGAAAUGGGAAAAAAAAUAUUUGUUGGCUUUUAACAGAAUUCUGCUAUUUGAAAAAGUCUGAGGCCUUAAAAACAGACUAAAGCCCUUACGUUUGCUCAAAAAAUCCCACAUUUUCCUCUUUUUUUCACUGAAAUUAUUUUCUGUCCAGAGGUCAGCCUGGCUGGCACAACUAUUCCAGCUAAGGGGGAGGAGGACUUCCUCACGCUGGCUACCUCAAGACUCAGCCGCAAGAAGCGAGUCAUCGGGGCUGGAGUUGGUGUGGCCAUGGUCCUGGUUCUACUCGUGGCCAUCCCCCUUUUAGUCCACACAACGAAAGGGGGAGGGUCCGGAGGUGGUGGCACCCAUUAUGAAAUGCUUGGGAGCUGCAAGAUGGUGUGUGACACCUUCACCCCUUCUCAGGGAGAGCUGACAGCGGUCUCGCCCCAACCCCCUGAGCUCUCAAAUCGCAGAGUCAAACAGGGGUUCAGGGGGAGUCCUGGACUUCCUGGUCCUCCAGGUCCUAAAGGGCCUCCAGGAGAACCAGGUAAGCCUGGGCCUCCUGGUCCACCAGGGCCUGGACCAGGUGGCUAUGGAUCCUCUCAUUACACUCCUAAAAUAGCUUUUUACGCUGGCCUCCGGAAGCAGCAUGAAGGAAACGAGAUUCUGAAGUUUGACGAUGUGGUGACCAACGUAGGGAACUAUUACGAGCCAAGUACAGGCAAGUUCACUUGUCCUCUGCCGGGUAUCUACUAUUUCACCUACCAUGUUCUGAUGAGAGGGGGUGAUGGGACGAGCAUGUGGGCAGACCUGAAGAAGAACGGUCAGGUGAGGGCCAGUGCUAUCGCUCAAGAUGCAGAUCAGAACUAUGACUAUGCCUCCAACAGCGUCAUCCUACACCUGGACGUAGGAGAUGAAGUGUGCGUUCAGCUGGACGGUGGCAAAGUUCAUGGGGGGAACACCAAUAAAUAUAGCACCUUCUCGGGUUUCCUCAUCUAUGCCGACUGACUGUAUCCUCUCGUUUGUCUCCUCCAUCUCUGAAAACAUGCAAAAACAAGAAGAAAAAAAGUGAUCAUUUUUAUCCAUAACUAUUAAUUUGUCCUGUCAUGUCUGUGCAGUAGGACUGUGUUUCACUGCCAAACUAGUUUAACAUCAUGUUUAAGUUUAAUUCAGUUUAACACAUUUGGAUAAAAUAUUGAUGUGUAAUUUUUUUUCAAAAACAUUUUUGAUUGAUAGGAAAAACUGUCUUUACAUAACUGUUUAAAAAAGCUAUAAACUUAGAUUACUGUAGUUAUACAUUCUUCCACUGUCCCUGUAAAACCCACUGUAUCAAAGAAAUGACAGAAAUGUCAAAUUAUUUGGAAUUUUAAACCCUUUGAUUUGCAAAAAAAUGUUUGUAUUAUUUUUUAUGAGCUUUAGAUAGUAUCAAUUUUGAUAUGUUGGGUGGUUUUUUUUAGUUUUGACACACAACAAUGUUGAUUUAAGAUGAAAAAAAUACUACCUAUAGUGUUCAGGGGAAAAAGAAAACCUUAUUUAUCUCAAAUUUGAUCCACACAUUUAUCAUGUAUUAUAAAGAAUUAUUUAACAAGAAAUUUGGUAUUUUUUCAAUACACCAAAUAGUCAUUUAGAGAAAUGAUGCCAAAAGUGUUUUAGGGUAUGUCCAAAUACUUUUACUUUUCAGUAAUGCACUAUACUGUGUGCACCAUUUUGUUGUGCUUUCUAAAUCUACAAAUCCUAAAUCGAGUGACCUAAUAAUCUCCCAUAAUUCUCUGUGAAAAAUCAGUGUGUAUCGAUCCUCGCCGGCGUGGGGAAUAUAGACCACAAUGCAUUGUGUUUGAGUAAUUUUUGCAAACAAAAUGUGCUUAACCCUUGUGCUAUCCUGGGCACUUUAUCAUUGGGAGUUGGGUC